AUAGAGAUGCUGCGGAAUGGAUUGUUUGUCAUUGCAUUUACAUUGACAUUAAUAUUGGUUGUUAACAUUGAAUAUGUUGAUGCCAAGACAUCAUCAUAUUAUACAAGUGUCAAUGAUAUCAGCAAAGGUAUCAAUUACUACAGUCAACUAAACUUGAACAACAAUGCUACACAACGUGAGAUAAAGACCGCCUUUAGAAAGCUAUCCCUUGAACAUCAUCCAGACAAGAACAAUGGAGUCACUUCAGAUGAAUAUGUAGUGAUAACUAAUGCAUAUCAAAUAUUGAGCGAUCAAGAGACAAAGGAGGAGUAUGAUGACUUGCUUAUUAAUGGUAUACCUUGGCAUGAGAACUAUGUCGGUCGUUACGCCUAUCAUUACACUGGUGUGAGCCAUGAUGUAAGACAUGUGUUGGCCGGCCUGAUACUUGUGAUCACGCUGGGCAAGCACUUUUAUCAAGUGCAUCGACAUAAUCGUAUGCAGGGAUUGGCCAUGAAGACACAACGCUAUCAAGAGGCAAUGCAACAAGAAGGCGCCCCACCACAAGUAGUAGUGAAGGGCGCAGAGAAGCCAACCUGGAAGGACCUAUUCAUUCUACAACUUCUAAUGGUACCUGUUAGAAUACUCAAAUUCCUGUAUCGCAUCGUUGUAGUACAAAGACUACGUUUCCAAAAGACACAAGAAGAGAUUGAAGAGGAGUAUCGUAUUGCUCAAGGCAUGACCCGCGAGGAGUUUGACAAGUACAAAGAAGACUAUGCCAAGAGAAUGGAGCGAUUCAAACAGAGUAACAGGUAUAAGAAAAUGGUCAGAUACAUGAAGAAU